CGCAGAUCAAUCGUAUCCCAGCUUGCGACUCUCGGCGAAACACAGCAUGUGUUCGCGAUUCAGAACGGGGGGGCAUGACGUCCAAUUUAGCCAAUCAUGAGCCAAGUUCGUCGAUAUGUCACCGCUAGCCUUAUCGAUUAACGUCCAUCGUGCCUCAGAAUUCCGACCUCGAAACAUCCCGCCACCUGCGGGAAUUUGUUAAAUAGGUAGACAUGCGCCAACACGGUCCAUCUCAUGAAAUCUCCUAUUGGAACCCAAGACUCUCUGGACACAAUAAUCUCGACAAAUGGUGAACAAUGAGUGCCUCACCAGCAUCGUCAGCAAGCUCCGGGUUCAAUAAUCUUGCCCCGAGGCGGAAACGGGUCACCGCUGAACACACCUUGAACCGUGUUCGUGAGAAUCAACGAAGACAUCGCGCCCGAAGAAAGGACCACAUCGCCACGCUGGAGCAAAAGCUAGCUGAAACGGAGAAGCAACUCGAAGAGGCGAGGGAAGAGAUCGCGAGGCUACGUUCAGAGAGGGAAACCACGCAAGCACAGGGUCAGUCUCAAUGGAAUGUCGGACUCAUAUUCCAAGAAGGCACCCUCGGAGCUACAGCGAACCAACAAAAUGACACGCAAGAGAUAUCCAACGAGUUAAGAGGAGUCCUCACAAGACGACCAAACACCACCACAACCACCGAAAAUAUUCCCAACCCCCUAGCACCCUCCCCAUCCAUCGCCAUCGUUGCCAACAUCGCCAACCCCCCUGGCCCUCCACCAUGCUGCCUCGACGAAACCUCCUCCAUACCCCCAACCGCGGACGAAAUCCCCGACCCCAACGACCCAGAGUGCCGAUCCUGCAAGACGCGGCCCGCGCCCGCGCCUACGGAAAGCACCACCCUCUGCAGCCAAGCGUACGUGCUCAUCGCGCAGCAAAACUUCCGCGGCAUCGACGCCCCCACGAUCCGCAAGUGGCUGUUCCAGGGGUUCCGGCGCGCGCGAAGAAAGGGAGAGGGCUGCAGCAUUGAGAAUACGGCGCUGAUGAGCCUGCUGGAUUUCAUCAGUGGGUGCGAGGAGAGGGUCGGUGUGCCGUGUGGGCAUCAGCAGAGUGGGGGUUUGGAUGAGCCUCAUGACCAUUUGUUUGGGCUGUGAGGGCCUUGGUUGUUAGGCGCCGUGUACUGUUUCUAUAUACCCAUUAGUGAAUUGUAUCUUCUUUUCCUUUAAGUUCUCUUUGAGCUGUGUUUGGCGAUUUUCUUGUAGUUUCUUGGAACCAACUUCAAUACAGUCAUUGACAACAAUCACCGACUAGUCCAGGAAACCAUCGGAUUGAGUUGAGUGCUCAACAUAUCCCUGUAGGAUGAUUAGCA